AUGGCUGCCAAAUUGAAACAAUUCCAAGCCUUUAGAAAUAUUUCGUUAACCACGCUUAAUACCAUCCACGCCUUAUCUCAACAGGCGCGCGGUGAUUUAUCGAUUAAAAAUUUGUUUAAUACGUGGUUUCAACAGGUCGAAUCUUGCAAAGAGACCUUUGACCUUAAUCAAGUAGAAAUAGUAUCGUUGUUAGCAGAUAAACCUGACAAUUUGCAACAAGAAAUCGAUGUAGGUGUAGAUUUUCUCGCUAAAUAUGUAGAAAUAAAAACUGUGUAUUUAGAAUUAUUCCCAAUUUCGCGUGUACCAAAUAGUAGUAAUCCUCUUCGGCAAUCGGUCGAUGAGGAACAAAAACAUUUCGUAGAUCGCUUGCAAAAAAUAGCUUUGCCUAAAUUCGAUGGCAACAUUCGUAAUUGGCCCCACUUUAGGGAUUUAUUUGUUAAAUUAGUCGACGAAAAACCAUACGCAGAUGUGGAAAAAUUUCACCUUUUGGCAGGUAGCCUUUCGGGCGAACCUCUUAAUUUAGUUAAGUCAAUUCCCAUUUCGGAUGACAAUUAUAAAAUCGCCUUUCAAGCCUUGUUAGAUAGGUACAAUAAUGAUCGAUUGUUAGCAACUUUGUAUUGGAAUGAAAUCCAAAAUAUCCCGGUUAUACCCGUCGAAUCCGCCUCGAGCUUGCGGAAAUUAUUGAACACUGUUCGUGAGAACUGUGAAGCUCUCAAAUUGUUGAACCUUGCCGACACUUGGGACUUUGUCCUAUUUAUUGUCAUUAUUCACAAACUCGACUCUGCCACGCGCAAAGAGAUUGAAAUUCGUUUAGAUAAAAAGAAAAUUCCUACAUUUUCAGACAUAGAGCCUUUGUUGAGCGAACAUUGUUUGUCGUUAGAAGCCUUACAGGCACCACUUUUGUUGAACGUGACUGCAUCUAAUAACAAAAAUCCUCGUAGUUUCGAAUCGGUUGGCAAACCGCAAAAAUUGUCAUUGUCGUCGUCUGGUACUUUUACCAAAUCUUCUAGCAAGACCUCUCUGGUCGCAACUUCGUCGUCGCAGUCUCGUUCAAAACCUCCUCUCAAAUGCCUCUUAUGCUCUCGAAUCCAUAGCCUAAUUAGUUGCCCUGCUUUCAACGAAAAGCAACCCCAAGAUCGUUACGAAAUCGCCAAACGUAAUCGCAUCUGUCUAAAUUGUCUGGGUAGUGGACAUGUCGUCGCUUCUUGUCCCUCCUCGCGGAAUUGCCGCACUUGUGACGCUCGUCAUCACACACUUUUGCAUUUUUCGAAUAGACCUUCUAGUCCUGUCGUUUUGCCAUCUACAAGUGAAUCAAAUGGAUCGAACCAAUUGACCUCUUGCACUAGUCGUUGCUCAGCCACUUUCAUGGCUUCCAAUUCAGAUCGUCCUCCCGUUUUACUGGGUACCAUAGUUCUAAAGAUUAGAGAUCGUUUCGGUAGUUACCAUAUCGUUCGGGCCUUGCUGGAUCCGGGCAGUCAAGCGUCCUAUCUUUGUUCGAGCUUAGCAAACAAACUUCGUUUGCCUAAGCUAACCAAUGCAGUGCCCAUCUGUGGUUUAGGGCAAGUCGCAACCAAAUCAUCGUCUAUAGUUACUGGAGAAAUUCGUCCCAGUGAUCGUACUGAUCCCACAUUUAAAGUAGAUUUUUUCGUUUUGGAUAAAAUUUGUGGCAACUUGCCAAAUGAUAAUGUCAGUUCUAAUGUCCCCAUGCCUGAUAGAGUUAGAUUGGCGGAUUAUGAAUGGCACAGGUCUCGUUCAGUUCAGAUGUUACUGGGCGCAGACAUCUACCCUCAAAUCGCUAGCCCUGGUCUAGAUAGGAGAUGUAGACAUUUGGAACACCCUUUCUUGUUGGGUACAAUAUUUGGUCAUGUAGUGUUAGGUCCGGUCAAUGGCGCCAGGCCUCAACAAACCGUUACUUCGUUGUUUUCGUCGCUUAGUUCGGCUUCUUCCGUUCACUCGCCUUUGUCGUCCCUAGAUAAAGUCGUCGAGGAAUUUUGGAACGUCGAAGAAGUUCCGCCUGCACCAGCUGCAAUCACUCCUGAGGAUGAUCGCGCGGAAUCCAUUUUUAGAAAUUCGUUCGACGACCGCUUAAAAUUGUUGUACAUGGAUACCGAUAGUUUAGUGUGUGAGAUGUUAUGUGAUGAUGCAUACGAUUUGAUACGCGCAAAUAUUUCUCGAUUCGAUACGUCUGAUUAUUCUGAAAAUAACAUCUAUAACAUUCCAAGAUGUAAUGGUGAAGUUUUAGGAAUGAUGAAGGAUGAAUUGGGCGGUAGAAUCAUAACCGAUUGGGUGGCUUUGGCUUCUAAAAUGUAUAGUUUUAAAAUUAAGGAUUGUGAUAAGGAUGUAAUGAAAUUAAAAGGCGUUAGAGAUUAUAUUGUAAAAAAAUAG